UCUCCAAAUCAAAACCACAUUUGUCAACAAACCGUGCACCAUGGCGUUCCUGGGACGCAUUUUUCGCCGAGGAAAUCAUUUUGUUACCCUAAAACAGUACGAAAACAUUCAGGUUGCUCGUGGAAAUCCGCAGGAUCUGGUGCAGAAGGUAGCCGUCGCCGAGGGCGGCAACUGUUUCGUGGCCUUGCAUCCCAAACCCGACUUCCCGUACGAGUACAGCAAGCCGAUCGAUUUGGCUGCACCGGAACCGACCGCGAAUUUGGUGCGAGAUGACAUAAUCAACAGUAGCCGGGGAGCGCUGAAAACAAAGCAUCCCGAAUUUGUGCGCCAGGAGCUCAGCAAACUUACCUUCACCACGAAACACCGGUGGUUCCCGAGGGCACGUGAUAAGCGAGCAAAGAAGACACCCAUGGAUCGCCCGUUCCUGUAGUUCGUGAUUGUUUACAUUUCUACCGGCACCGGUGUUAGUAGUUCGAAAUAAAGGGCAACGCAUUUGUUAGUCAAAGGUAUUUUCAUUCACGCUAA